ACGGGGGGUUGCUCGUGAAGAGGAGCACAGCAGAUGUGCACCUUCACGUUUGAGGCUGGUGUGUUGAUAUUUCAGCGAUUUCUUCUUCGCGGAGUAAAACAAGGCUACAGGUGCGACUCAAAAGGUGAAUCAAAAUGGCCCAAGGGAUACAGGAAGAUGUGAUGCUGAAUACAGCCCUGAUAAAAGAGUUGGCGGAUGUGGCGAAAGAUGAGGCACUUCUUCAGGGCGUGCUGAUGAGGAUCAAAGAGACCCCGAACUCCUCAGAGCUGGCGACCUAUGCUCCAUUUACGCUGUUCCCUACACCUGUGCCGAAGGCUGUGUUCCUCCAGGCUCUGGCUGUUCAAACUCACUACAACACACUGGUAGACAAGAUCAGCCAGGAUCCAGACUUUCUGCAGGAAUCUUUAGCUAGCACGGUUGCAGUGGAUGAUUUCACUGCCAGGUUGUUUAGGAUCCACCAGCAAAUCCUAAAAGAAGGACGGUCUCAGACUAUUGUUUUGGGUAUCAAUCGGUCAGACUACAUGCUGGACCAGAGAGAGGACGGGUCGUCAUCUUUAAAGCAGAUAGAAAUCAACACCUUUGCUGCCAGUUUUGGAGGUCUCUCUUCACAUACGCCAGACGUACACAGACACAUUCUUAAGAUAGCUGGCAGACUGGAGGAGAGCCAGCGCAUCCUGGACAACAACCCUGCAGCUGGUCUGGCCAGAGCUGUCGCCAAAGCCUGGGAGCUGUACGGAUCAGAAAAAGCGGUCGUCAUGUUCUUGGUGGAAGAAAGCCAAAGAAACAUCUUUGAUCAGCGAUACAUUGAGAGCGAGCUGUGGAAGAGAAACAUUCCCACAAAAAGAAAGCGGUUCGAUGAUGUCUUUAAAACUGGUUCCCUUGAUCAUGACAAGAGGCUGUUUGUUGAAGGUGAAGAGGUUGCGGUGGUGUACUUUAGGAACGGCUACAUGCCUCAGAACUACACAUCUGAACAGGACUGGGAUGCUCGACUUCUGAUGGAGCGCUCCCGGGCUGUGAAGUGUCCAGAUAUCAGCACUCACCUGGCUGGAACCAAGAAGGUACAGCAGGUCCUCGCCAGACCUGGAGUUCUGGAGAAGUUCUUUCCCGACCAGCCACAAGUAGUGGAGCAGAUCAGAGCAACGUUCGCUGGCCUUUACACUCUCGACUUGGGACCAGAGGGUGACAAAACUGUAGCACUGGCUUUGGCAGCUCCAGACCGAUUCGUGCUGAAACCUCAACGAGAGGGAGGAGGUAACAACAUCUAUGGAUCAGAGAUCUGUCGGGUCCUGGAGGGAGCGAAGACAAGUACGGAGAGGACGGCCUAUAUUCUGAUGGAUAAGAUCAACCCCACAGCGUCACAGAACUACCUGCUGAGACGGGACGCUCCUUUAAUAAUCAGCAACUGUCUCAGUGAACUGGGAGCGUUUGGAGUUUAUGUCAGGCAAGGUACUGACAUGGUGAUGAACGAGUGUGUGGGUCAUCUGCUGAGGACCAAGAGUUCAGAAUACUCCGACGGAGGAGUAGCAGCAGGAGUGGCUGUGCUGGACAAUCCUCUCCUCGUCUGAGAGGUUUCAACUUCUACCUGUUCGGCUUCGACUGUGAUGAAGAACAUCCAUGUAAUUAACGUGACCCUCACAAGGCACGCUCCUACUUUUGACUGCUACUGUAUGAAAAUGACGCCAAACAGAUUUGUGUUCAACUGACAGUUUAGGCCCGGUUGUUUGUUAGAUGAUGCAGUAGAAACUGUAUCAGCAACGUGAGGGGGGGUCCAGAGAGGUUUACGAGGACCAUGUCUGUAAACGGUUUUUGAUAUCAUGAUGUUUCAGUUCAAGUGUAGUGCUGCUCUAAAAUACAGCUCAAGAGAUUAACUGAUAGAAGAAUGAAACACAGUCAGGUUAAACAUUAGUUUAAAAUAAACACAAGAUACUUGCGCCCUAAAGUGAAAUAUAGUCAGUAGUUCAUUUUAAGUAAAAAAACAUCAUUGUCACUUUUUUCCUGCAAAAAAAAAAAUGUGUACGUAGUUUGCAUUAACAGCAGCCCAACACUGGCAUCUUGUUCAAGUUGGCUUUUGCUGCCCUCUUGUGGCUAAAUAAUGUCACUACAGCAUGUAACGUUUGGUGGACAGGAACAGUCGAGGCUCACUUUAUUACUGACACUACAGUGUAACACAUGCAGCCUCCACACUGUUUUUGACUUUCUGUGAUAGGACAAUUGGAUUUGAUCAGGCUCUUUAUUUGUGUUUUUUCAAGUACGCAGUUAAUAGUUGCUUCAGUUUCAUCACAGAAUUCUUAGAGAGCAGUUUUAUGAGGUAAAACUCUUCACAGAAACAGUUAUUAUAGUGGUAUAAACUAGAACGUUUUAAAGAAAACGCAAUAAAACAAAAUCAAGUGUCCUUAGACAGUUGUUUUUUGCUGUCCGCAUAUUUUAUUUUACUAUUACUGUCACUUUAACUACUUUACCUGAAUGCUGCUUGUCUUUGAGAUGAGCAACCCACAACUAUAGUAAUGUUAUAUUCAAAAGUUCUGCUUCCCCUGGUUUGAAGGAGAGAUUCAGUACAGUCAGGCGGCUGAGGCGUCUACUCGUCAUAUUUUUUUUGAACAGCCUUUUUGCUUUCACAUCAGAGAAUCAGUCGUUAAAUGAUCAUUGUUGAAUUUUACUUCAUUUGAGGCCAAAAACCUUUUUCAUGUAAAAAUUUGUCUAAAUUUGACUGUUUACAUUUUUUUUAUUUUGAUGCUGACAGAACAUCUUCAAUAAUCCAUAUAGACAUACGUAGAUACAGGUUCAGGUGACUCCAGACUUUUGAAACAUCGUGCACAAACAGAUACUGUGACAUCUUGCUGUGAUUUAUUAACACAUGACUUCUUUACCAUAAACCUAUUUUCAAAUUCAUGAGAAUCUUAUAAAUAUAAAAAAAAAAAAACAUGACAACUUU